AUGUCAAGACCGCCAGCCGCCUCCGAGUUCACCAUGAUGUCAUUAGUCUGUUGCUGGGAGCGAUGCUCUUUCACAAGCCUCUACUGCCUUGCACUCGGACUCUCGGAGGCUCUUGAGCCCUUUGACAAGAUCUCACCGAGGGACACGUGGGAGAACGUGAGGGGCAAGGUGAAGUAUGAGGACGUGGUGAGGGUCGGCAAGGCUUUGAUGAAGGAGGCGGAGCUGAUAGCCGGAGACUUCAAGACGCUGAUGAGGAGCAAGGAAGUCGAGAAGCUCCUCGAGUCCUCGGAGAGGCCGACGGACGUGAAGGACUUCGAGCGGAAGAUCAACGUGAGGUGGGGGCCGAAGGACAUGGAGGAACGAGGCCCCUACAAGAUCUGGACGCAGAUCAGCAACAGGCCGGAGUGCUUCCUGUCUCGGCUAGAGCGAUACUUGAAUGAGCGCUUGUCAACCGAGACUCGACAAAAGCACCUUAUAGUCGCUAUGGCGUACCUGUCGACUUUCAACUGGUCCCGUGCUUUCCAGUAUGCUCUGUCGUCGGAUCAGAAAGCGUUGUAG